AUGGCUCAAACCAGGAGAGGCCCCACAACAGUAUGCGAUCUCAUUGAAGAAUGGGCCCAGAAACAGCCUCACCAUAUUGCCGUCUCUUUUGGAGACCAGAGCAUGACAUACGCUGAGCUGGAAAAUGCCACGACUUAUAUCGCCUGGAUCUUACACGAGAGACAAGUCAGAUCAGGAGACAAGGUUCCUGUUCUAGCGCAGAGAAGCCUCGAGAUGGUCAUCUGCUUUCUCGGCGUCAUUAAAGCAGGGGCUUUGUACGUUCCCAUUGAUGUGGAAUCCUGGAGCAGGGACCGCAUUCGUUCGACGCUGGAACGAGUAUCCCCUCGUAUCAUUCUGAACACAGGCGCGGAAAAGUUCCACGGCUAUGACGAGAUCUCGCUCAAGGAAAUCAGGCGAGCUUUCAAACCGACCAUGGAACAUCGCUGGGAAAACGAGCUCGAUAGGCCCUGGAAAUGGAUCAAGCCCAGUGAUAUCAUGUUCAUAAUAUUCACUUCAGGCACGACAUCCACCCCCAAGGGGGUAAUGAUCCCACACAGCUCGGUCUUCAACUACGUGCAACAAAGCGGAGAAAAGACCCCAUUCAACCUCAAUGCGACUCCUGCGGAUGUUGUCAUCCUCAUAUUCUCUCCUGCCUUCGACGCCUGUACGGCCGUAAUAGUAUCCGCACUGUCUAAUGGCGCUGAGGUGAAGAUUGCCACUCCUGCAGAUUUCUUGCAUACGGCGACUCUUUGCACUGUCAUGGCAUGCACACCCUCGGUGCUGGCUACGAUUCAAGAUCCAUCGAGCUAUUCGAACCUGCGAGCCAUCAUGAUCGGAGGCGAAGCAGCACCUGCUUCACUCGUUCGCAAGUGGGGAGAACACCUACCGAAUACUCCCAUGUACAACGUUUAUGGUCCCACAGAGACAACAUUUGCCUGCCUCGUGGCACGGCUGUAUCCAGACAAGCCAAUCACUUUGGGAUAUCCAAUGUCAAACAGUUGCGUCAGAUUGCUGGACGGAGACGUAGAGUCUCGAUAUGGAGAGAUUUGUGUCUCUGGGCCGGGCCUGGCAAGGGGCUACUAUGAGAAUGAAGCCCUCACCGCGGAAAGGUUUGUCUACUGGGAGGGCGAAAGAAUGUAUCGAACCGGGGAUUAUGCACGAAUGACAGAACACGGGCUGGAGUUUGCCGGGCGCAAAGACAGCGUUGUCAAGAACCGCGGCUUCCUGGUCAACCUUGACGGCCAAGUCAUCCCCAUGUUGAACAGCAGCCCAAAUGUCAUCUCAGCCACGGCCUUCAUGCAUCGAGGCCGCCUCGUGGCUUUCGUGACCCCCGAGACCGUUGAUGGAAUUGCUCUCCGCAAGAGCUUGAUCAACAACUAUGACUCAUUCAUCAUACCGGACGUCAUUCGCUCCGUGGAAACCCUACCGCUGAAUGCGAAUGACAAGAUUGAUAAUCGGGCUUUGCAAGCACUGCUCGAUAUCGAGGAUUCGCAGGUCCUCAGCGGCGGGCUAGUGCCAAAAUUAACCGAUCACGAUACGAAGAUGGACGUCUUGAAAGCCGCAAUAUCCUUUGCGAUUUCCUUGCCACCUUCAGACAUUCCGGACAGCAGCUCCUUUAGUGAAUUGGGCGGAAACUCUUUAGCCGGGAUCAAAGUCGUCUCAUUCCUUCGUACAAUGGGAUUUCAACUUCGGCUCGGGUCAUUGUUUGACCUCCCAAGUCUCUCUGCUAUACAAGAUGUCUUGGAAACACUUGGUGAUGCAGUGGAAGAAGAGGAAAGCCUUGAGCAGGGUGUAGCUCCAAGCAUAGCACCUAUGACGUCGCUACAGACGAAGAUGAUACGGACGGGAUUGAGACGUCCUGCCACGAGCUAUAUGCUGAUGAAAUUCUCGCUGCCUCAUCACGACAAGGCAUUCAGUGGAGGCAUACUUCAAUCGGCAUGGCGGAGGGUGAUUGAGCGGCAUUCAAUCUUUCGCACAGUCUUCAAUCUCAAGGACCAGUUGCAACAAGUGCAGCCAACGCUCGCUCUCAGCUGGGUCAAUGAAGAGACGACCCAAGACCAAGCAGAGAACAUGCUCCAGAUCUGCUCUCGGGAAAUGCGCGACAAGAUAAACUAUGUGGAGCAUGGAGACACGUUCACCCCCAUCUCGGCAUAUCACUUGGUGACAGUUCCUGACGUGGCUUCCACAUUCUUGGCUCUUGUGCAUCACAGCCUGAUCGAUGGCUGGUCACUCAGUAUUAUGUUAGAAGAGCUCUGUUUAGCACUGGAUGGGAAACAACUUCCGGAGCCUCCGCAAUUUACGAAUAUUGCUCUUGCUCAAUCUCGGCUGCAGCAAGAUGCCCAGGGAAAUGAGUUCUGGGAGAAGCUCCUAGAAGACGGCCUAUCGCAGCCACUACUAAGACUUCCAAAGCCAAGGAAGGAUACUGCGGUGGCAGAUUGGUCUAGCAGUCUACAAGUCAGCCUUGGCUAUGGGCCAAAGGAGAUUGAGAUCAAAGCACGCCUUCGAGGUGUUACACCAGCAACGGCGAUAUACACAGCCUGGGGCUUGGUCUUGUCGAACUAUAGCUUUUCCGACAAGGUGGCAUUUGGCGCCGUCUUUUCUGGAAGGAAUAUCGAUGUGCUAGGAGCCGAUCGAGUCGUUGGGCCGCUGCUCAACACAUGCCCAUUCCCCCUGGAGUUUAGAGAAGGGCAAUCUGUGGCCGAUGCGCUUUCGACAGUUCAGAGUCAGCUCCUGCAAAUGCUCGAGUUCCAGUGGUGUGCAGAUAACGGAAUGACGAAAUUACCAGCCGAAGAUAUUGCCAACACUUUCCAAACAGUCGUAGUCAUAGAGUACGGUCUCCCGCCACUGCCACAGUCUUGCGAGACGCUUCCCGAGCCAUGGACAAUCGAACGGCAGGACAUGAUGGAAUUUGGCAUCACCUUGCUGCUUGAGGAGGCCAGCGACACCAACCUUCGAGCUCGUAUCCUAUACGAUAACUCGCAGUAUUCCGAGUGGAGCAUCGCCGGUCUACUGAAUCAUUUUGAUCAUGCCCUCAGUGGGCUACUCGAUUCUAAUAACACGCUAUUGCAGCAUGUUCGGGACGCAAUGGUCAUCGGAGAAGAGCGAACCAAUCUUUUGCAACAGCCAAAAGAGAUAAUCAGAAAUCUUCCUGAAUCCAAUACGGUCAAAGAUGCAUUUGAGACCGCCGCAGCCAAGUGGCCGGACUUGGUAGCUUUGGAGUCGACCAAAGGUUCAAUGACCUACCGACAGCUGGACGACGCUGCCAACAAGUUGGCCAAUCACCUGAGGUCUGCCACAAGCCCUGGAGAUGUCAUUGGUAUUCUCACAGAUGGUUCACUCCACUGGAUUGUGGCUAUCCUUUCGGUUCUCAAAGCAGGCUGCAUUUGCUGUCCCAUUGAUGUUAGCCUUCCCACAGCUCGGAUCAACGUCAUCACACAGCAAAGCGGUGCGACUUUUUUCAUCGCGACGACUCGCGAUUGUGUACAAGUGCUUCAGAACAAUCAAGACAGCCGUGUUAUUGUCUCGGAAGAAAUUAUUGCCUCUUGCAAGCCCCUAGCACAUACACUAGAGACCCUGUCCAGACCAAAUGACGUCGUUUAUCUCGUCUUCACAUCAGGAAGCACCGGUAUUCCAAAGGGCGUUCCUUUGCACAAUCAGAGUCUGCUUGGGGUCAUCAACCACGAGCCCAACCGUCUCUUCUCUGGCCCUGGACGCCGGCUGGGACAAGUCUAUGCCCUGGGCUUUGAUGUUGUACUAGUCGAGAUAUUCGGAACCCUUCUCUACGGGGGCACCUUGGUGCUGAAGGACCCCAGCGAUCCUUUGGGCCACCUCAAGCGAGUAGAUGCAAUCUACUCAACUCCGUCGCUUCUCGUGGCAUUAUCUCCGAAUGAGUACACAAAUCUCGACACUAUUGGGCUUGCUGGAGAGGCUGUCUCUCAGAGCCUUGCUGAUGGCUGGUCACACAAGCGCCUAUUCAACUUUUACGGCCCGAGCGAGUGCGGGCCUAUCUCAACGGGAACCGAGCUUCUACCUGGUCAUCAAGUUACUAUCGGCAAGCCCGUUCCGAAUCUGGAGCUCUAUAUUUUAGACCAUCACCAAUGUCCAGUUCCCCUUGGAGUAACAGGAGAAAUCUUCAUUUCUGGAGAGCAAGUUACUCACGGCUACUGGAAUUCGCCGUCGGAAACAAGAACGGCGUUUCUCCCGAACCCUUUCUCCGCUGGCAAGGUCAUGUAUAAAACAGGCGACCUAGGCUACUGGACCCAAGAUAUGAAUGUGGUGUUUGUAGGAAGGGUUGACAGCCAGGUCAAGGUCCGAGGGUUCCGCGUCGAAUUGGAAGAGGUAGAGCGCGCGAUCAUGAUUGCGGAUAGGAACAUCCGGACUGCCGCUGCUAUUGCCGACCGGAAUCGCAUUUUCGCUUUCGUAACACCAAGUACCGUGGACAUUGAUACAGUCCGACAAAAGGUCAAGGAACUACUCCCGUCCUACGCUUGUCCAGCGCGCAUCGUGGCCUUGAAGACGUUGCCAAAAUCCUCCAACCUCAAAAUUGAUCGUACAGCACUACAUACCUUGGCUGCAGGAACCGACGAUGAAGGGGACGAUCCGUCAACGCCGACAGAAAAGAGGAUUGCGGAAAUCUGGAGCCGAGUCCUCAGCUCCCAUACCAACACUCACAGGCGGAGAAUCACUCGAGAUGCCGAUUUCUUGGCCAUCGGUGGAAACUCUCUCUUGGCCAUAAAGGCAGCUCGGUUAAUCUCUGAAUCCAUGGGCCAUCACGUUCCUGUGCCACUGCUCAUCAGAGAAGCGAUACUGUCAAACCUUGCACAGGCAAUCGAUCAAUUUGCAGUUUGCGAGGAAUCAGAAGAUGGUACGCUAUCUUUCAAGUCGUUUUUGUCUAGCCUACACGGUUGGACAAGCCUGACCGCGGCCCAAACACCAUCGCCCCUGGAAGAGGAGCUAUUUCUUUGGCAGACCACUUCCAACACUAAGUCACUCUUCAAUACGGCAUUUCAGUUCGUCAUCGAGGGCAAUAUCAAUGUCCAUAUGUUGAGAGACGCGUUCAUCUCUGUUCUGCGGGAAGAGCCCAUUCUUCGAGCCCGCUACGUUCUUGAGAAAGGGCUUCUGUACCGUUAUAUUAGUGACGAGAUUGACCCACCGCUUGUUUUCAUUGGCAACGCUCUAGAUACCACCAAGCUACAGGCUUUGAUCAACAAACCCUUUGAUCUCGCCCGCCACCAACUCAUCCGAACAAUCAUCUGGAAGCAAGAUGAUGGAAGUCCAAUAGCAAAGACAACACUCUCGGUGAUCACGCACCAUAUCAUAACGGAUAAGGCGUCUAUGGCCGUUUUGCUUCAAUCUGUCAGCAAAAAAUAUAGGUCGGCAGUCAAUCCCGUCACCACCAAUGGACAUAAUGCACGGGGCACUCCUGAGGGGUCCUACGUCGAAUGGACGCAGUGGCUGUCAAAGGUCAGCGCGCAGCCCGCCACACCAGCGACUCUUGCCAAGAGAAAGUUUUGGCAGGGCCGCGUCAGAGAAAUGGAAGCGGUUUCGCUACUGGAUGAAAAUGGACUUGGGACUCUUGGUCAAGAUGUACCUUGCUACGAGUCCCUUUUUAUCAUGACUGGAGAUGACUACAGCUUUUCGCAGCGUAUGGCUCUUGCUGCGGCUGCAAUCACUCUCUCUGCAGUAUUCGGCAAGGACGAUAUCGUCUUCGGUAUACCGUAUAUGAAUCGAGACGAGCCUGGAACGGCGAACAUGAUGGGGCUUCUCCUCGACCGGCUUCCUGUGCACAUUAAGUUCAACAAGAACAAUAUGUCGGACUCUGCUCGGCUGAUCGAUGACAUUGCGUCAGAGAUCUACGAUUGUGUGCAGAACCAAUUACCAUAUCUACAACUCUUAAGAAUGGCCAAGGAACGAAGGCCUCUUUUUGACGUUGUGGUUAUUUACCACUGGAAGUCGGAUGCCCUGGAACAUUCACUCCGAUUGCCUGAGGCUCAAAUAUCAAGUCAGCGAAUUCGAGCCCGGGGAGCCAAGUUCACUUUGCAGCUUGAGUUUACUGAGCAAGAUGAAGGAUUGCACUGUGGAAUCGAGUAUAAUGCGCGUGCUCUUUCCGCGCCGCAGUUGGCAGCCAUCGUGUCCUUCAUCCCGAAGGUGAUCAAGGGCCUCAUGGCUGCCUCUUCACCUGCAAACAUUCUAUCAUCCUUCAAUAUAUUGAAGCAUUGCAGUCCUUUAACUGUCAUGCAAACUUACAGAAACAAGUUAGGAAAGGUUCGAGAGGCCUUUUCUGAAGCACUCGGGUUGCACCCAGCGGAGAUUGCCCCAAGCACAACUUUGUACGAUCUGGGGGGCACUUCUGUAACGGCACUUCGAGUUGCAUAUCUGCUGAAAAAGAUGGGAUUGACUGGAAACUUGAAAGAUAUUCUUGCAUCGCCUUCCGUCGGAGACAUUGCUUGGAUGUUCUCAUGA